AGCUAAGGACCUACAUAAUUAAUUGUUAUUAAAAAGAUUUUUAUAAACUGCGGCACAUAAUGAAUAAUGGUCGGGCUAGGGUCCCGAAGUGCGCUCGGUGUAGAAACCACGGCCUUAUUUCGAGUCUUCGCGGUCACAAGAAGGCCUGCGCGUAUCGAGAUUGUCAGUGCCCUAAAUGUGGACUGAUAAAAGAACGACAGAGGAUAAUGGCUGCCCAGGUCGCCUUAAAAAGACAACAAGCUGCCGAGGACAAGAUAGCACUGCAUUUGGCGUCAGUACAGAGCGGAACUGCGCUGGAGUCGUUGCCGCCGGGCCGCAUCUACGGCAUGCGGGUCACGGGGCCCUGUCCCAGCCCAGGACCUGAACCUGAUUCUGCUGCAGACGAUCAAACUCCAAUACACAUCGACAGCGAGACAAGUGAUUCUCUUCCUGAUUGCUGCAGUGCGACGCCUGAUUCCGCCGGCACCUCCAGCAUUGCUUCUAGAGCGUGCAUGGGAAUGAAUGAGGAAAGUGGCAGCGUCAGCUCCGCGGGGCUGGAGAUGCUGAGGAAGCUGUUCCCGGGCAAGAAGCGCUCCGUCCUAGAGCUGGUGCUGCGGCGCUGCAACCACGACCUGCUGCGCGCCGUCGAGCAUUGCAAUGCUAUUCAUGCUCAGCGAGACAAAUCAACUUCAAGCGUCGGUUCAAGCAGUUCCAGAUUUGAAACCUCCGUUUCCAGUACCGAGGAAUUCGAGUCACGCUGGUCUGCAUUUCGUCCAGUGGGGCCCAGGGCUCCCUUGUUACCGACGCUAGUGAUGGGUCGAGUGUGUGGCUCGGAGUGGCUGGUGCCCUUGCCAGCGUUACCUGCACUGUCUGCACCGUUGCUCCUGCCGUUGCAGCAUCCACAUACCCCACCUUCUUGUGCCCCUGAUUGUAGGCAGUGCAAUAGUCAUCACUGAGCCAGUAGGCAUCAUUUAUAAAUAUUGGUGUUAAAUUAGUGAAAUAAUUAUAGGAUAAUAUUUUGAAAUUACACGCGAGAUUUACGAGGAUGGAAAGCGAGGGAUUUGUAUAAAUUCCAACAAUAAAUCGCUUAAUUUUGUAUCUUGAAUGAAAUAUGAAAAUAAAGUAAUCCUCAAUAUUAUAUUCACAUACACAAAUCUCUCGCUGUAGGUAUAUCUAGCCCAUCUCGGUCAUAAUAGCAAUAUGUUAAUGUAUGUUAAAAGCGAAAUAUUUUUUUUUUCGUCAUAAAUUCAUUAACAUAGUUACUUAUUAUUAUUGCCAGGUAAGUAGGUAUAAAGUAGCGUUUGUGGGAAAUAAACGA